AUGCCCAAGCCUCCCAGCGGCCGCCUUGGCCGCAACUCCAAUCCCAGGCCCCUUCGUCCAUCCGGCAAAAUCCGCUCCGACACCCUCACCCCGCUGCCCGCACCCCCCCACCCCUGCCCCGGGCUGCGCUGCGGCUUUCACGCGCUCGCACGGGGCGGCCUCGGGAGCGGGGAGGGGAGGGCUCCGGCCAGCUCCCCUGGAGAGUGUCUGCAAGGGAGCCGGGCCAAGCCUGGGGAGAGAAUGAAAGCGCAGGGAGGGACGGAACCGCCCAGGCCUCCGUCUGUGUGGUUUGAAGCAGAAUUCUUCUCCCACAUCCUCCACUGGACUCCCAUCCCAAAUCAGUCCGAAAGCACCUACUAUGAAGUGGAGCUUCUGAAGUACGGCAUAGACUGCUGGAAGCCCGUUCCCCACUGUAGCCGGACCCUGGUGCCGUCCUGUGAUCUCACGACUGUGACCCUGGACCUCUACCACGACAACAGCUACAUAGCCCGAGUCCGGGCCGUGGAUGGAGGCCGGCGCUCCAACUGGACCAACACCAGCACCCGCUUCUCCAUGGAUGAAGUGACUCUGAUGGUCAGCGGCGUGACGCUAGAGGUGAGCGGCGGCGCCAUCCUUGGGCGGAUCCAGCCCCCCAGGCCCGCGGCGGCCCGGGCCGGCGACACUUACGAAGCCAUCUUCCAUCACUUCCGAGAAUAUGAGAUCAAGCUGCGCAAGGUGCCGGGGAACUACACGUUCGUGCAGCAGAAGGUGAACUGUGAGAACUUCAGCCUCUCGCCCCCUGGAGAACUGGGCGAGUUCUGUGUCAAGGUGAAGCCGUCCGUGGGCUCCCGACUGAACAAGGGGCUGUGGUCCGAGGAAGAAUGCAUCGUCCUCACCCGACAGUAUUUCACCGUGACCAACUUCAGCAUCUUCUUCACCUUCGUCCUGCUGCUCUGCGGGGCGCUGGCCUACUGCCUGGCCCUCCAGCUGUACGUGCGGCGCCACAGGAAGCUGCCUGCCGUCCUGGCCUUCGAGAAGCCCCAUCCCGUCAGCUUCGUGGUCCAGCUUGUCGGCCCAGAGUCCCAGGACACCAUCCACCCGCUCGACGAGGAGGCCUUCCCCACAGUGUCCCCGGAGCUGAAGAACUCGGAGCUGCACGGCAGCACAGACAGCGGCUUUGGCAGCGCCAAGCCGUCCCUGCAGCACGAGGAGCCCCACUUCCCCCUGCCUGCGCCGCAGGCCCAGGCGGGGGGCCCCGUGGGAAAGGGGGCGCCCCGGGAGCCGGAGGACCGCGGCGGCGGCGGCAGCACGGACAGCGGGAUCUGCCUGCAGGAGCCCAGCCUCAGUCCCAGCACCGGACCCCGCUGGGAGCGGCGGGCGGGCAGCGGCAGCCAGGGCCACGGCGACAGCGGCAUUGGCCUAGUCCCGAACUCCGAGGGGCAGCCUGGGGACGCGCAGGGUGUCUCUGCCUCGGGCCAGGUCAGCCCCCCAGGGCCCGAGGUGCUUGGGGAAGAAGACCCCGGCCCCGCGGCCCUCCGGGGCUACCUAAAGCAGACCUGCCUGGAGGAGGAGCCCGCCUCGACAGCCAGCCUUGGCCCCGAGCCCAGGACGAGCCUGGAGACCAAGGGCUACUUGAAACAGGACCCAGCCAUGGCUCGCACUGCAUCACGGACCCCGACUGGAAAGUGGACUCUGCCCACUGAGGCUUGGUCACUUCUGGGCUUGACCGGCUCCGGGGACCUGGGAGCGUCUGACGGCAGCCUGGACCGUGAUCUUGCCCUUCUGGGCUGUAUGGUGGCCCCAGGUGGUCUGCUGGGCAGCUUUGACUCGAACCUGCUCACCCUGCCUCUGAUCUCCAGCCUGCACUCAAACGAGUGACUCAGGCGACCGGGCUGCUUUUGAUUUCAGCCAUGCCCUGCCCGGACCAGAAGAAGGGGCCCCAGGGGUCAGAAGUGACUAAGAGGCCAGUGUGCGCUCUUCCCCGCAAGUUCAGGGGCUCCAGCCCCAGCCAGGCCCAGCAGGGCUGCCCGAGGCACCCAGGGCAGGGAGAGGCCGCCUUGCCAUCCUAGUGCAGGGAGGGUGUGUGGGGGCCACAGCCCAUCCAGCAGGCAGGGCCGCAGGGACUCUGGCAGGACCGGGAGGGGCAGGGCAGAGAUCUCCCCCACUCCUCGGGCUCUUGCUGUCCUGCACAAGACUGCCCAGGGGAAUCACAGGGUUUUCUGUGACCAGGCCACUCGCUGCCCCCGCCACCCCUGCCACCUUGCUGACAGGACUGGCGACACCCUGGUUAUUUGUACCGGUCAAAACCCAGCCCUUGGGGACUCUGCGGCCUUGGGCACCAGCUCCCUGCCCCAGAGGGUCCUGGCUGGGAACUGCACCUCUUUGCUGCCUUCCGGCGACAGACCCUCAGGAGGCGCGCCGCUUGCUCAGGGCUCAGCCGCAGGAGCUUGGCAGUGGUGGGAUGAGGGCCUCCAGGCUGGGCGCAGGGGCGGUGUCUCCGGCCCGGUGUGCACCCGGGCUGGGAAGCAGAGGGCUGCGACACCCGUGUCUGCACGGGACCAGCUUCCCUCUCCUGCCAGGGCCAGCUGAUUCGGCCCCAGUGCCUGGCGACCGGCCGAGAGCCCAGCAAGGGGCGGGUGCGGCCUGCCUCCCCACACUCAGGGUUAAGAGUCUACCUUCAAAGCCAGUUUACAGAACACGGGCGGCCAAGCCGGAGGUGCGACGGGCCUGACACGCCCUCGAGAGUCGCCGUGUGGCCCUGUGCCUUCCUGCCGCGACCCCAGAGCAGACCCGCCCGCUCAGGCACCAGGCAGGACCACCCCCUGCCCCCGCCCCCCAGAUGCCUCCGUCUGGACCCUGGAGGCUGCAGAGUUCCUCAGGGUUCCCUUGGAAGGUUUAUUUAUUUAUCCUGUUAACUUAUUUAUUGAAGAGACAGCACAGUGCCGUGAAAGAAUUCGGGGUGCUUCAGGAACCUGGUUCUGACCCCACUGUUCGGAAGCAUGUCCUCAUCUGCAAGCCGAGAAAACCGAGCCUGACGCGUUUCACUCGGGGACGUGAGUUUCCCCGAGGGGCUGGUCUGAAUGGGUCUCCAGAGAAAAGCUCUGUAAAUCGGGGGCGGAGGUUCUUAUUCCAAUAAACUGUCAGGACCCCAGGAACCUGGUGAAACCGAAUUUCUGAGGACACGGUGGCUGGGGGGAGUCUUGGGCCGCUGAUCACUGAGGCUGAGGAGGAAUAAAAUAUGUGAGGUCGCUUUAGCGGGACGAAGACCGGACGCGGUCCAAGCCGCAUACGCAGCGGAUGAGAGCGCGCGGUCGUGACACCGCGUGACAAAGACGUUCAUUCGGAAGGCUGAAAAGGAAACGUGGAAGACGAUGGGUUCGGGUUGGUUUUUUUUUCCUGAGAGAGCGUGAGCGGGGGAGGGGCAGAGAGAGGGGUCGGAGGACCGGGGCGGGCUCUGCCCUGUCCGCACGGAGCCCCGCGUGGGGUUUGACCUCCCGAACCGCGAGACCAUGAGCUGAGCCGCCGCCAGACGCCCCAAGACAGUGCUCCGAGUGCGGAUUCUGACCACCUGGAAGAGGCAGACCUCCCUGGAGCCCCGGCUCCCCGGCCCGGAGGCGGGCCCUGCGGGUGCUUCUCAUAAGUGCGGAAGCCAUCUGCGUUCGUUCUGAAAGCAGCCUGCGCUUUCCACGAAAAGCCACACGUGGGUUUGCCUCCCCCCCGAGCUCAGCUCAGCAGGUGGAGCCAACGCGGGGUCGGGGCCAGGGUCUGUGUGCGCUGUGCCCUUGGUGACCCGCCCGGAUCCUCGGGGAGGUGAGGGGACACCUCACCUCCUUUCCCCGGGUUAUCUCCGGUGAUGCCCCUCCCCAUCUCGCUCUGAGAAAAUCAGCGGUUCUGGGGAAGCGCUGAUCCUAUCAUCUUCAGGGAACUUGACUAAUACCGUGCCAUUCGGGACCUGCUCAGACAAGCGUGGCUUCUGCCACUUUCUCCUGCAAACGAGUCUUGGAGGUGGGCUCUGGCCCCAGGAAAAGGCCCCUGAGGCAGCUCGGGUGGAGAGGGGCAGGGGGCUGAGCACGAUGGAGGGAGUGAGAGGACUCAGCAGCUGGAAGGCCGGGGUCCCAGGACGUGGGCUCCGCUGCGGGCGUCGCCGGCCUGCCUGUGCGGGGUCCCCUCUGCGCUGAGGCCCCUCUCCGUCCGCCCGGCAGGCAGCCAGGGCUCCAGGGGGAAACGGCCUUCUUCCCCUAGAGGAGGCUUAGAUGCCCACCGGCUUCUUGGGAAUUUCGACUCCGAGUGAAGGCCCUCUUUGUUCUUAAACUGAGUAAUCUCCCUCAAGGGCUUUUCCAGGCCGAGGAUUGUGUGAUUCUGCGUUUCUGUGAGCUAACGGAACUUCCUCUUACCCAGGAGAUGGGGGAAAUGGAGCCACGCUGACCCAACAGGAAAUUCUAUUGAACUCUUUUCCCAACUUUCUAAACAGCUGUAUCAGAGAAUCCGCCUGGUCUUCCCCGAAGACCUCUACCCUCCCUGCCCGACCUGCAAGGCACCAUCGAGGGGUCCAGUCGGUCGGGAGGGAGGUCGUGGCCCCGGAGCCCACACUGUCCCGCCGGGUGGAAGCUCUCGGAACCCCACACAGGGCGGCGGGGAGAGGGGCGCCAUGGGCCGUGCCCACAGGGGACAGUGCGCCGCGGCCCAGCUGGGGGAGGGUCAGGAGCCCGGGCAGAGUUUCUGAAGCCCCGGCCCAGAGGACACCAGGUAGUGGGAGGUGUGACUCACCCAUUUCCUGUAGUGCUCAUGGGUUUCAGGGUUACUUCUAAAGCAAAUCCACAAUAUAAACGUGUGUUUAUUAAAGAUUCCCAGCACCUUCCCUCACUA